AGGAAAGUGAUAAAAUUAUUUUGAUUUCAUAGUGAAAAAGUAAGUUUAAUUUCUAGUUUUAACUUUAAUUUCGCAGUGACAUGCGCAGGCUGUCCCAUUAUUCUAUGUAUAUGUACAGUUUUUUUGUUUUCGCUGCCUGUUCGAUGUUGUCUGCCUUCGUUCAAGGGCAGACAAAUCCUUGUGCCGGCACCGAAAGCGGACGGUUGUCCUCACGUCUGCUGCAAAACAUCCGCAACAACGACGCCAACAACGACAGCUUCGUCACCGGGGACGAGAUCAAAGCCGACCUGGUCCAGCACUACGACAAGAACGCCGACGGCUGCGUCACGCUCCAGGAGUGGGUGGACGCCUGGGCGUCAGUGAAAUUCUCCAAAGAGUACGCCACUGCCAGGUUGCUGGACCUGAACGUCAACGUGACCAGUCCGUGCCCGCUUAGCGUCAACCAGUUCCAGGGCGUGUCCAUCCCGUUGGUGGGGUUCAUCAACGCUAACCUAGACUCCUUGAUCAAACUCUGCGAAGGGAACCAGACCCUCUACAACACCGUGUGUGACUGCUACCAACUGAAGCACCAGCUUUGUAACCUUGACGCCUACUUCCAGAACUUCGCUUCUUGUCAGCAAUAUGUUUCUAGCGUUUUAGUUGGUUGAGCUUAGGAAAUAUUGCAUCUAUACUUGGAUAUUAAAAAGAAGAUAUGUUUGUAAAA